AUGGCCCAACUCCAGCAACUGUUUACCGCAUCCGCGAAGCCACUACCCGCCAUCAGCGAUCCCGGCUUCGCAUCUCAUUUUGAUGAUUUUGCCAAGUACAAGGUUGUCCUACUGGGCGAUGGCAGCCACGGCACAUCGGAAUUCUACUCUGCGCGCGCAGAAAUCACAAAACGCCUUAUCUCCCAGCACGGCUACACAAUGGUCGCCGUGGAAGCUGACUGGCCCGACGCCGAAGCCGUCGACCGCUACGUACGCCAACGGCCCGGUCCCAAAGCCGGCGUCGGCGGCCACACGACAGACUACGAGCCGUUCAACCGGUUUCCAACGUGGAUGUGGCGCAAUCGCGAGAUGCAGGAUCUGUGUGAGUGGAUGCGGGACCGCAACUCGAAGCUGCCGGAUAGCCAGAAGGCGGGUUUUUAUGGGCUGGAUUUGUAUAGUAUGGGGGCAUCGAUAAGGGCUGUUAUCGAUUAUUUGGAUCAUGUUGAUCCGCAGGCGGGGAAAGAUGCGAGGAGACGGUAUGGGUGUUUGCAGCCGUGGGUUGAUGAUCCGACAGCGUACGGACUUGCUUCGUUACGCGGGUUGCAGGAUUGUGAGGGACAGGUUAUGACGGUGUUGACGGAGAUCUUAGAGAGACGGAUACAGUAUGCGAGGGAGAGUGCCGAGCGCGAUGGCGAUGAGUUUCACAGCGGCGAGCAGAAUGCGUAUCUUGUUCGCGACGCGGAGCGGUAUUACAAGGCCAUGUAUUAUAGCUCCGCGACGAGCUGGACCUUGCGCGAUACGCAUAUGUUUGAUACGCUGCGCCGGCUGUUCCAGCAUAAUCCCACAGGUAAGGCGAUUGUGUGGGCACACAACUCGCACGUCGGCGACGCACGGUAUACAUCCAUGGGAACGCGCCGCAACGAGCUGAACAUCGGACAAUUGUGCCGUGAGAACUUCGGCCGUGAGCACGUUGCCAUUCUCGGCUGCGGAACACACACAGGUACUGUUGCUGCUGCGCACGAAUGGGAUGAUGACAUGGAAGUCAUGGACGUGCGACCCUCCCGCAAUGACUCCUGGGAAAUGCUCGCGCAUCAAACCGGUAUCCCCAGCUUCGUUCUCGAUCUUAGGGAAGACAAGAUUGACCCCACGCUGAGGGAGGCGAUGGAGGCAGAGCCAUUACGGCUGGAGAGGUUUAUCGGGGUGAUUUAUCGGCCAGAUACGGAGCGGAUUUCACAUUAUUCGCAGGCGUUUUUGCAGGAUCAGUUUGAUGCGUUCGUGUGGUUUGACCAGACGGAGGCGGUGCAUGAGUUGGAAAAGAUUCAGCCGGCGACGCCGUUGGGGAAGGGAGAGACGUAUCCGUUUGGGCUUUAUUUUCUGCUUAAUAUUAUCAAUAUGGCGGUCCGCCGUUCCGCCCGCUUACGCGCCAGGUCAUCCGAGGUGACGAAAUUACCCCCCGUCAUGGAACACGACGAACCUCAAUCCACAGAACCCGUCCAGAAGACGCCAGUUCGCAACUCUACCAUGAAUAAAACACCAAACAAAACGCCCAAAUCUGAAAAGAAACCCACCGAAAACAAAACCCCCACGAGCACCGCUGCCACGCGCCCUCCAAUGGGCGAAAUGCAUCCAAGCAAGGUGCACCAGAGCACCACUAAAAAGGUUGACUCCGGAUUAAUCCUUGGCUUCAACCCAGUCAAGAAAGAUGCGAAUGGAAAUGUUGUCAAGGAUACCGUUGGCGAGAAUACACCUACCAAAGCCAAGGCGAAGGAUUCCCCGGCUAGCCAGUACGGCACUCCCGGCUUCGAGUUCAAGUUUGGAUGCCAGGAAUCGGAGCUUAGUAGUGAGGCGAAGAAGCUUAUGGAGAGUGUGCGUGAGGAUGUGGCAAGGAUCAAGGCGCAGAUGAUCCAGGAAAAACAGUCUCAAGCAGCUGGCGAACAAACGCGUGAAGGGGAGAGGAGGAUCGCGCAGCCGAAGGGCAGAGCCACUCGGUUUAGUAAUGCUCAUAUGGCCGAGUUCAAGAAGAUGGAUUCUAUUGCUGGCCAUCCUUCUGCGUUCAGAGCUGCACCGGGUCGGUUUAAACCGGUGGAUGCCACUCAGGGGCUGAAGAGGACCAAGUCCAAGGCGCGUCUUGAUGAGCCUGAGAGUCAGAACAACUCGCCGUCGAAGGCUACGCCGUCGAAAGCGACGCCUGUCAGGCCUUCGCCGGCUUCUGCGGCUGGUGCCAAGCGCGUCAAGCAUGAUAAAACUGAUGAUGCCUCUACUCGUCGCCCGUCCAAGGAGGGUGAUGCCCCGCCGACACCCGCUGCUGCGCCCGCCACUACUCCCAGACGCACUAUCGAUCCUUUGCGGCGCCGUACCGCCGUUCGUAGCUCCUUGUUGACCCCCACCAGAUCCUCAAUGGCUCGUGCGUCAUCUGCUAGCGUCAAGCCGCCCAAGAAGCCGUCGAUGAUCCCGGCACCGGCGCAGUCUCCAGUUAGCAAACCUAUGGCUGCCCCGCGCACUCCCCAGACUGAAUUCAACCCGCGCCUCAAGACCAACUUGCCCAGCUUCGCCAAUCUCAAGUCGAUCCUGCGUCGUCGCGAGCCUUUGUUCUCGAAAGACCCUGCCAAGAUCGCUGCUGGAACGCACUCUGCAGCGCCAGACUUUACUCCUGAUCUCUUGUUCAACGGUGUCCAUAGUGAGGGUGAAAAGGACGAUGCCGCGCAGACGCCUUCGCCCAGGAAACGCGUCGGUUUCUCGCCCAGCGUCAAAUCGCCCAACGACCUGCCUCCCGUGUCGCCAUCCCCAUCUAAGCUUCCGACAUCAACACGUCCUACUUCGGACAUCACCUACCCCACCUUGCCAGCCUUAACCCCAGAAAAGGCCACUACUUCAAACCCCGGAACGCCCUCAAUCCGGCCCGUCCGCCCCUCAACCGUCACUGAAGACAAGACCCUAAUGCCAGAAGUCCCGGGUGUAAUGCACGGCAUUAACAACAAAAAGCGCCACCGCGUGGAACCCGACGAGGCAGAGGCAGACACCGAGAACGUCCCUCCCGCCGACUCAACCACAAACACGAACACAUCCGACGAACGCAGCGCAAAGCGCGUCAAACCAAACACACCCGCCAAGCGCCACCAAACCCCGACUCCUAGCCCUGUCAAGGUUCGCACUGGUACACCGUUGCGGCCUGCGAGCAAGAUUAGCCGUCCUAGCGGCACUCCUGGAAGCUGUGAGGAAGAAUCGGGUUAUGACGAAUAG